UAAAUUUCAGUCGUCGACUUGACUCGGGAGUCGCGUCUGAAUGCGAAGUGUAAGUGAAGUGGCCUACAGACCUACAUAAUCCAAUCGUUCAAAUUUGUAUUGCGUAAGGAAGGACCUGCGGCGUUGACGAGUUUCCGAGGACGUGUGCGAAAGUGCGUCGAUGUUGGCGCGUGCAGGACGCGAAGGAACAGCGCGUCGAGCUGCGUGGUCCUGCCGUGGGCCUGUCGGGAGACAUGCAUGAAGACGCCACUGCUGACAGCCGCCGCUACCGCAGCAGCUACCGCAGCAGCAGCAUGAGCUCAGCUGCCGCGGCCGCCGCCGCCUCCCCGCUCGACCCAGAGCUCGAGCCCGACCCAGCUGACGCCGUGGAGGCCGUGGACGCCGUGGAGCUGCAGGUGGCCUUCUCGUCGUGCAGCAACUCAGGCGACCACAGCCAGGCCGAGCACGACCAGGGCGACCUGGCGGACGUCGACGUGGACCUCGGGGACGACCGCGUCCUGGAGCUCAUUGUGGACUCCGAGUUUUCCGAGAGCGAUGCGGGGACGCAGUCUAAUCAAGACUACCCGGCCAGCGCCGUGCGGCCCGACCUGCCCGACACCAAGGAGGGCAUCGAGGAGCUGUGCCCGGUGUGCGGGGACAAGGUGUCUGGCUACCACUACGGCCUGCUCACUUGCGAGUCGUGCAAGGGCUUCUUCAAGCGCACCGUGCAGAACAAGAAGGUGUACACGUGCGUGGCGGACCGGUCGUGCCACAUCGACAAGACGCAGCGGAAGCGCUGCCCGUUCUGCCGCUUCCAGAAGUGCCUCGAGGUCGGCAUGAAGCUCGAAGCGGUGCGGGCGGACCGGAUGCGCGGCGGCAGGAACAAGUUCGGCCCCAUGUACAAGCGGGACCGGGCGAGGAAGCUGCAGAUGAUGCGACAGCGGCAGAUCGCGGUGCAGACCAUCCGCGGCCACAGCGGCCACAGCGCGCACAGCGGCCACAGCAACCUCAGCCAGAGCGGCCAGAGCAGCCAGGGGCUGUCCGAGCUGCCCUACCCGAGCCAGUCGGCGGCGCAGUCCUUCGCGUCGCUGCACAUCAAGCAGGAGAUCCAGAUCCCCCAAGUGUCGUCCCUCACCUCGUCGCCCGACUCGUCGCCCAGCCCCAUCGCCGUGGCGCUGGGCCAGGCGUCGGCCUCGGCGUCCGGCGGCGUCUCGGGCCCUCCCGGCCUGCAGCUCGCCGCCCCCACCACCGCCCCCUCCUCCACCCCCGCCUCCACGGCCACCAACCUGGCGGCCAACUCGGACCACAAGUUGUGGGGCGGGAGCACGGGGGGCGGCACGGGCGGAGGCGGUGGCGGAGGCGGCGGCGGCGGCGGCACGCCCUCAAGAGACCUGCUGGACGGGCUUAUGGGCUCCACGUCGCCGACCACCAGCAAGAUGACGCCCAUGAUGAGGGACCUGGUGCAGUCGGUGGAUGACCGGGAGUGGCAGAACUCACUGUUCGGGCUGCUGCAGAACCAGACGUACAACCAGUGCGAGGUGGACUUAUUUGAACUCAUGUGCAAAGUGUUGGACCAGAACCUCUUCUCGCAAGUAGACUGGGCGAGAAAUUCGUGCUUCUUCAAGGACCUCAAGGUGGACGAUCAGAUGAAGCUCCUCCAAUACUCGUGGUCGGAUAUGCUGGUACUAGAUCAUCUACACCAACGGCUUCACAACCAGCUGCCAGAUGAGACGACGCUCCCCAACGGACAAAAGUUCGACCUGCUGUGCCUAGGCCUGUUGGGUGUCGCAUCCCUCGCCGACCAGUUCGGAGCGUUGGCCCAUCAGUUCGCACUCCUCAAAUUCGAUGUCUCGGAUUACAUCUGUCUCAAGUUCCUGCUGCUGCUCAAUCCUGAUGUCAGGGGAAUAAUGAAUCGAAAGCACGUGCAGGAAGGCCACAACCAGGUGAAAACUGCACUGCACGACUACACUUCCCUGAAUUAUCCACAAAUCCAGGAUAAAUUCAACAGACUGCUCAUGCUCCUGCCCGAUAUUCAUGAGAUGGCUGCCCGAGGAGAAGAUCACCUCUAUCAAAAGCACUGUUCAGGAGGAGCACCUACUCAAACUCUAUUGAUGGAAAUGCUGCAUGCAAAGCGCAAGUAGCACCAAAUGUUACCAUUUGCCCACCCAGCGUGAGAAGAGAGUGCACUGCCAUGAGUCGUAGUGGCAUGAGCUUGUGAGGGCUGGGCCCUCCAAUCCUGCCACACUUCUCAACCCCAACACCAAGGAGAGAGGAGCAUAUUGACCGUGUCACCAACACCGAAGUCGACUACUUUCCACCCCGUCAAGAAGUGUCAAGAAGUCAUCAAUUUGAAGAAAAAAACCACCACACAUUCAGGAUGGUCUAGCAAUAUCUUGGGAAUGUUUUUAUUGUUUUAUUUUUAUAAAUGAAGUGAUCUCCGAUCCAUGGUGUAUGGCAUGUGCUGUCUUCGUGUAAACAUCACGUAUGCGUCCUUGAAACAGUUUUGGACGUUGCCAAUGUACCUAACACAGUGCGGCUCCUGGCCCACGCAUGUUUGUUACCUCUGUACAGCUUAUCAUAGUGCAUAAUAUAAAUAAAUUAGUAUAUUAUUCUAUUUUGUAAAAAGAUAUCUAUACAUUAUCCUUGCACUUACUGUGAAAUAUUGUAAAAUUAUUAAGGCAUGUUUUCUGUUGUGUUUUUUUUUUCUUUUCUUCCCAAAGGAACAAGUUAUUAAGCUAUUUAAGAAAAGCUAUGGAUUAUGUGCAAUAUGUUUAAAAUAGAUUGGUAUGACGUCCUAUUUGUUAAGUGGAGUUGACAACACAGAAAAAUUUCUAUUUAUUGGUUUGUUUUUGUUGCUGAAGCUGUUAUUACCUUCAUUAGUCAGUUGGUUGUGUCCAUGUCUUGUGAAAUACCUCUGUAAAAAUCAUGUUGAAAUUUAAGAAGAGUGACCAAUAUUUUUGUUGAUAGAGGAUUGAAUACUGGUUUAAGUUACUCAAUAAUAUAUAUUUGUUUUAUUUUUUUAUGAAUAUAAAUCGAAUACCUUCUAGAUCCUGUAAUUCUUUAUAUUGAGAGAACUAGUUGCCUUCAAAAAAGUACAAAACUGGAAAGAGAUGGUAGGCGUUACUACCUCAGGACGGUUCACUUCUUCACUUCAUGUUAUUAUUGUUAAUUAAUUUUGGCACAUUUUGUGUUGUACCUACACAUUCCGGCGACCGUCCCGCACACUUAUGGUGUACAAUUUGAUGUACAGUCUGUACAUACUGUAUGCCCUGUGUGUACCUCACAUUGUGUAAUUUUAGGGGUGCUUGAUGCUUGUUUACCAAACAUUUUCAGGACACUCCUAUUCAUAAUAGUUAAUUUAAUUUUUUAAUAUUGUCUUGUAUGUAGCUGCAUUUUUUGCUUUUCUCAUGCUUCCUUUAUAGUCUUCAAAAUUCAGUCAUUCAGAAAUUUUAUUUAUUUUUUCUUUUUUACAUUCCAUUCUUUUGCUUGAUUUUGGCUUUUUCUAUCAUUUCCCUCAAGAGUUGCUGCCGUGUGCCGGUGCGGGUGCGGGAAUCUUCCUUGACUAAUGUAUCUGAAACAUAUAUGAAGAGCUAACUUGUCUAUUUUUGUUAUUGUAGUUAACUUCUUAUAGAACAAAAUUGGGCAUGGUGAUGGAAUUAAAUACUAAAAGAUGUAUAGUUUUGUAGAGCAACACAAGAGUGUUGGAGCUACAUUGUUUAUCCCUGCAAUGUACUAUAGCGUAGAGGUGUUGUGUAUACACAUCACAAAAGGAGAGCAGGAGGGAUCAAACUUUUGCUUGUGGUGUGCUUACAUGUGUUACCAGCCGGUUGGGCGUUGUGAUAGUCCCAGAACCCACACUGUACAUAUUGUAUUCAUUGUGUUUCUUCCACAUUAUGACCAGGACAUGACUAUGAUGUGUUGAUGCAGACUCAGCAUCUCAGCUUGAGUGACUUGAAGUACAACUGAUAUUAUUGGCUAUAUAAGUUUUUUCCUCACAUAUUGAGCACUGGUUAAGUCAAAUCACCGUUAUAACUUCCAUAAACAUUGCGCAAUGGCUGAUUUCUUGCAAAUUUUUCCCCCUUUGUCCAUAAUUUGUGAGACGGCCUCUUUUAUGGUUUACAGUAAUGAUGUCACUACUGCCACUUUUGAAAGUUUCUCUUUUGGAGUUUUUGGAGUGUUUUGACCUGAUGGACCAGAUUGGCCUUAUGAGCAUGGAGUUGAGGCUGUUGUAUUUUUUUGUUGAUUUUUUUUUUGUAGUAUUUUUGAAAUGUUGUGAUGUGUGAAGUGGAGGAUAGGUAGGGGUGCUACUCCUACUCUCAAUGCUCAAGAAUGUAGCUUAGCGGGAAAACUGAGAUUUGUAUUAUUAGGUUUGAGUUUUGUACUGAGGGCAUAGACCCUUGCGCACACAAGGAACCAGUACAAAUGAGCGCUGUGAAGGACCCAGGAAUGGAUCACAUGUUUUGCCUAAGAAGCUCCAACGAAUUACGAUUGUAGUUUUAUGUAAAAUUGAUGAAACUAAUUUUCUUUUUAUUCACUUGUAGCUGUUCUUGUUUCAAAGAGGCUGUACUACUGUUACAAUUUCGUUUUGAAGGCUAUUUAAUAAUGUAUAGAAAGCAAAUGUGUGGAUGUAGUUUUUAUGUGGUGGCUGUAGUACUACUAGUCUCAUGGCUGCUAGUACUACAGACUCUAUGCUCUUAAUGGUACUAAAGUUUACUUAAAUUUCAUUGUGUUCACUGCCAAACCCAAGUGUAUGAUUAGGCUGUUAUAUAGAGAUGUAAAGUUCGAAUGAACCGUUUGCCGGAUUAACGACUCAUUCAUUAUGUCUAUUUUCCAGUGACUCUUAAAAUAGCUUUGUAUAAAUCAUAGAAGAAAUAUAUUUGUUGUUGGCACUCAGAGCCACUAUUUUGUAAAAAAAGAUUAUUGAAAAGCUAAUGUUAGAUUAUGAAAUUAUAAAGAAAGGUGUAUAAAAUACUAUUUUCCUCAUUUAUUGAAAAUUAUGAAUGGAUAAUUUUGUCACGUAAAAGCGUAUUUCAAGGCUAUUUGUUAUUUUGUUGUAAUUCUCAGACAUUUGACACAGUUAAUACAAAGACCCAAGUAAAAAUGUUCAUUGUUCAUUAGGAAAGCCUUCCAGCUCAUUAUUCAUCCUCAUUAUUACGAUCUGACUUGUGUUUUUCCCCUUUCUGCAUCAUUAUUUGGGAUUUUUUCCAUUGGUAACAAAAGAUUAGUAAUGACAUGAAGUGGCUUUCAUGUUACGUUCUUAUAAAUACAACCACAUCAAGUCACCCACACUCUGUGCUGUAAUGUAUAUUGCUACAUAUGUACAAAAAAACGCAUUAUCCGUUGUAAGGAUAUCAACGUUCUAAAUAAAAACAUGUGUUGUUACAUGUUGGAUGUGAUAUACAAAUCUUC